UGCUUAAUUUGACACAACUUUAGUAGAUACAUGAAGUCCAUUGUCUUGUCUUUGUUAUGGUUCGUUGUCCUUCUUGGCAGUUGUACAGGACAGUGUUUCUCUGCUCACCAGUUAACACCGCCACCCCCAGGCUCUACAGAUCCGCCUCCCACACACUGUAACUAUUCUGGAAUGUAUUUGGCGCCAGGAGAAGCACACACAGAUAUGACCAAGUGUUUAAGGUGUCAUUGCGGGGCGGAUCUGGGUCUUUAUUGCUGCUCUAUGCUAAUGCACUACACCUUACCCGAGGGAUGCGUUGUUAUUGAAAAGAACUGUACACAGAGAAUUGUCCAUAAAUCAGAUGGAUCGCCAUGUCAAUAUUACGUAUCCUUUUCCAGGAAGUGACGAAAAAUACAAGAAAAACAAUUGUUUUUUAAUGAAUAAUGUAGAAAAUAUGAAUGAAAACGAAAA